AUAUCUGAAAAUAAUAUAUAUAUAUAAAAAUAAUAAUGAUAAUAUAUACUUGUAUGUAUGUAUAUAUACGUAUACAUAUACAACUCGUAAAUAAAUACAUUCUUAUACCUUAGGGGAUACUACACAUUGUUGUCAGAGGGACUACAACAAAAAAAAACAGCUAGACAGCAGGGUCCCGUCUUUGAUCUUCACUGAUUAUAAUAAAUCUUAUGGCGUCGGUCUUUUCGAGACUAUAACAUUCCAAAGACACACCCUUCAAAAGGCACCCAAAAUCCAUUAAAUAAAAUCGUAAAAUUAAGAAUACCAAACAGGUUUCAGUAUGAAUAAAAGAAUCAAUAUAAAUAUAACAACUACUGCACGUGCACGUAUGGGAAUACAUUUUACAAGCAUAAGCUUUUAACAGCUAUUAUAAUCCGCGAAGAUACCGGGACAGCACCACUAUAAAUAAUGUUAUACACAAUUGACAUGGGUGUGUUUCUAAGAAAUACUAUCUACAUGGGCGAUCAAACUGAAUACAAAAUAAAAAAGGUUUUAAGAAACCGUGUUUAAUAAGAAAUCCCGAAGAUUUAUUUUCUUCUGUGUUGUUCGAAUAAUGCCCAAUGUUCAUGUAAAAUACAAAAUCUGAAAUCUGGACAGCACAUUUUUCUAGUUUUAACGAACAUGCAUGUAUACGAUCGGUAGUUUAUUAUUCACAGACAUACAUAUACACAUAAUUAUUUAUUAUCAUUACCGUCUAAAUCGAUAAGAAAAAAAAACCGAAAACCAAUUGUCAGAUAUAACUUUUAGACUCUAAAUAUUUUAUUUAUUUAUUUUUAUUUCUAAGAACAUUUAUUCCGAUAGUGCAUUUUCGGUGCAUUUAACGAAAUCGAAAUAUUGUGACAUAGGUGCAAAAUAUGUUAAAAAAUGCUAUUAGGUGCAAAAUACCACGUAAAUAAAUAUGAACCAUGUCUAUCGCUUGUUAUGGGCUUCCGUAUAUCAUAUAGUAUAUAAUAAAUAUCAUGUAAUAAUUGAUAUAUUUAAAUACGGGUAAUGACAAUGUAACAUUAUAUUCUUUUAUUAUAAUAAUUUAUAUGCUGCAUCAAGAAAAACUGUGUAAUAAGAAUGUACGAAUUAAUCAGGAAUACUGGGAAUUACAAAUGUGGGUAUUACAAGGGCAAUUACGCACAAAAUAACGGGGCUAAGUCCAUGAAACAUGAGCCUACAUUUCCUGGAAAUCCCAAAACAACAAGUUCAAUGACGUUAAUCGAGUAAUAUAAAAGAGGGACCGAAACAACCACAAUUCAGAUAAGUUCUAGUCUCGGAACUAAAAGCAAUUUCACGUCACUCAGUAUCAGAAUUUUGUUAAACACUUUGAAUUAUAAAAUAAACGUAUUAAUUGUAUUAAAAAGUUAAAGUCUCAUAUCUAAUUAACACGUUGACUGCCACAAGGCAGCCGGCGACCUAACACUGAUACGUUAUUGUCGAGCCAUGGGAGAAAUGCUGUUGCAUUACUGUGAUGUUCCUAUGUUUAUUUUGGGAUUGGAAAGUCAUAAGGAAAUUCCAAUGACAAUUUCAUAAUCUACUAUACAUCAAUAUUACGAUAAUAAUAUAAAAAUAGUUGGGUCGCCGGCGGACAAGUGGCGUAGUAAUAAUUCAAUAUUUGUAAGACGCCAUUUGGGUUGCCGGCAGUCUUGUUAUUUUUCUAUCGACUAAUCGUACAUUUAGUAAUGUGAUAGACGCGUGCUCGUAAACGACGUUUACGUAUAGUUUUCGUGUACGUACCUAACCAUUUCUUUUCCUUAAUAUUUUGUAUACAUGUUUAUUCAGUGUUUUUCAAUAAUUUAUGGUAAAUUUAACUUAGACGUGACGUGAAGUUUGAAAUUAUUAUUUAAUAUAAAAAUGGAUGAUGUACAAAUCGAAGAAGCACUCAGUGCUUCAGAUUUUUCAAUCUCGGCGAGUGAGUCUAACAGUGAUGGCGAUGUUGUAAUAACUAAUGAUGAAUCCUAUGAAUCAGAUACAUCAUCAUCAAGUGAAUUAUCUAAUGUCUCUCCCGCUCAACUUGAAAAUAACGAUGAUAUUACUUCUAACUGAUACCCGGUGACAGGUAAUCAUCAAAAACAUUUUACAUAUCAACAUAAUACUAUGUUACCCGUUCAGUUACAACCAAAUUUUGAACCAUUAGACUAUUAUAAAUUAUUUUUUACUGCUGAUAUAUUAGAGUGCAUAGUCUUAGAAACAAAUAAAAAUGCAGAACAAUAUUUAAAAAGCAAUAGGAUUUCUCGUACAAGUCGAUAUAAGAAAUGGGAGCUAGUCACAUCAGACAUAAUGAUGAAAUUUUUUGGAUUAUUACUUUGGAUGGGGAUUGUCAAAUAUCCAUCUAUUUCGGAUUAUUGGAUUAAAGCUGAUAGGUAUGCAAAUAUAGUAGCUCCAAAAGUGAUGAGCAGAAACAAGUUUGAAUUAAUAUAACGUUUUUUGCAUUUUUCGGAUAAUGAAACAAGUGAUAAAUCGGAUCGUUUAUACAAAAUAAGAAAUAUUGUUGAUAAAAUUAAUUCUAAUUUUGAAAAUCUUCAAACAUCCGGAGAAGUAAUUGCUGUAGACGAAUCUAUGAUUCUCUUUAGAGGAAGAUUACAUUUUCGACAAUAUAUUCCGAGCAAACGUCAUCGGUAUGGUGUAAAACUAUUUAAAGUUUGUGGUGUAAACGGUUUCACGUACAAAAUAAUUAUUUAUGAGGGAAAUCAGUCUAUUGCUGGUCAAGCUUUAGGUGAAACGAUUGUAUUAUCAUUAUGUGAAAAAUAUUUAGAUAAUGCUAGAACAAUUGUAACUGAUAACUUUUAUACAUCUGUUCCACUUGCUAAAAAACUUUUAUCAAAAAAAACUCAUCUUGUUGGAACGUUAAGAAAAAAUCGUCGUUACUUACAAAAAAAAGUGACAACACAAAAACUUAAAAAGGGAGAAAUAAUUGGUCAAGAAAACAAGGAUGGAGUUGUCGUGUUAAAAUUCUAAGACAAAAGAGAUAUAAUUUUAUUAUCUACUCGACAUAAAUUGAAUAUCGUAGAUACGGGAAAGAAAAAUCGAAGAAAGGAAAGUAUUUUGAAGCCUGAAGUAAUAUUAUAUUAUAAUGCAGGCAAAGCUGGUAUUGAUCUUUCUGAUCAAUUAGCAUCGUAUUCUACACCAGUCAGAAAAAGUAUUCGCUGGUAUCAUAAAGUUAUGACUGAAAUCUUACUUAAUACUUGUGUUAUAAGUACUAAAAUAUUAUACAACAUGAAACAUUCAAAUUCAAAACUGACUGUAAAACAAUUUCGAGAAUCAUUAAUUGAUAAAAUACUAAACUUAAGACCGACCAGUAGAAAAUUAGUCCAGAGUACAAACUUGAAUAUUUCUACUCCGAGUACUAGUGGGAAUCAAAGAAGAUCUGCUCCUAAACAUAAACUCGAAGUAACGGAAGAAAAGUACCCGAGGAAUCGAAAAAUUAGAAGAAGAUGUACGGAAUGUUAUAAAAAAAUAGCAAAGGAAAAUGGAUUUAGAGAAGCGUUAAAUAAGGCGAAGAAAGUCACUACGUUUUGCAUCAUAUGUCCAUCUCAGCCUUUCAUUUGUUUAUCGUGUUUUCCAGACCAUAUGAAUAACUAACAGAAACGAAAAUUUUUUUUAUCUAAAAGUAUUGAUAUAUUUUCUUUUCAAAAGUACAAACAUUUU